UUAUCAAUUCUGUAUCUUUUUUUCGCGUCAACCUUCCAACUACGCAACCAAGACUACAAAACAAAAAAAAAAAAUAAUAAUCAUAAAAUCCCACAAACAUUUGCCAAUCUCAAUGGCAGACAAAUCCGCAUCUCCUCGCGCCCCACGAGGUGAUUCACCGCCCCCUCGCAAACGGAGUAGAAGCGACGAUCGAAGCCAAUCACCACGUAGCCACCGCGACAGAUCAGACAGAGAUAACUACGGAAGAAGCGACAAUUAUCGAUCGCGAGACGAUGAUAGGAAUCGGGGUACAAGGCGCGAGCCUGGGAAGAACCGAAAUGAUGAGAACAAAGACGAUUCCGAGCGGUUAGGACGAGACGUGGAAAGACGACGUGACAAUCGCGAGGAGAGAGACUCAGACCGGAGAGAUCCAGAUAGGAGUGAGGGUAGAGAUCGAGACCGACCCAGACAAAAGAAGAGCUUUGGGGGCUUUAAGUUCAAGGAUAAGCGUCGCGAUGAGCUUGAAGAUAGAGACGAUGACCGGCGUGGUGGCUCAUUUAGAGGUUAUCGAAACCGUUCACCAUCCCCACGUCGCCGAGAUCGAGAUCGAGAUCGGGACCGCAAUCGCGAACGUGAUUCGGGGGCAUCUUCGUCUACUAAGAAACCCAAGUCAAAAUCUACCGGCGGAGACACCUCCCAGCCUCCUGUUCGAGCACCCGCAGCUCCCUCCGGCGGCGGUGGCGAAGAAAUGAUUAUCGUCCAUAUCAACGAUCGGCUGGGUACCAAGGCAGCCAUCCCAUGCUUUGCUUCGGAUCGCAUUAAGGAGUUCAAAAUCAUGGUCGCGGCGCGCAUCGGUCGAGAGCCCCACGAGAUCUUGCUCAAGAGACAAGGACAACGGCCUUUCAAAGACAUGCUUACACUUGCCGACUAUGAAAUUAGCAACGGAGUCCAGCUCGAUCUGGAAGUUGACACUGGUGAUUAAGCAGGGGAUAAGGGGAAGGCUAUACUGCCGUUACGGGUCUACGAUAUGUUGUCGAGUGCAAGUGCGGAUAUGCUUGUGCUAUCAACCCGCUAUGUAUUCAAUGAGAGCCUGAUACACAUCUGGCAUUCCAAAUGUUCAGGGUCAGUACAAUAUAGGGCCUUGUAUCCAUUGCUACUACAUUCUGUAGUAUCGUAACCCAAGAUCAAGAACGAAAUCAUUACACGAUAUACUUUGCCGUCAAUGUCUACCCGUACAUCGGGAUAGUUCUCUUAAAUUACCCAUAGUUGAUCGUGCUGCUCUCGUAGGCGCCUAUCCUGCUCUUGGAUAAAGUGAUCCUUUUCGCUAAGCCUCUGAGUCAACCCCCUCUUCUCAUCACACCAUUCCGCCCUUACACACAUCUCAACAUCCUCUUUCCAAUCUAUAAACGUGUUAGAAUAUUACCAUCUACAUCUCAGGGGGGCAACUUACGGUCGUAACAUUUGUUUUCCAGGCAUGGCUUGGCUUCUACUUUACAGCCGCACCGUGAGCAAGCAUCUAGU